UCAGCACAACAUCACAGCAUCCCAAAGCAGCAAAACCAAUUAAGGCAAGCUAGCUAGCUUGUCUCUACGACUAGCUGCAGGUUAUCUCCUCGCUGCCCGCGAGACAUGAAGCUCUCGGUGAUUAUCCUGUGUGCCCUGGUUGCCGUCCAGGCCGCGCUGCUUGCAGCGCCAUCGGCAGAGGCUAGCGGGCUGAAGGUCGGCUACUACAACAGGAAAUGUAAGGGCGUGGAGGCCGUCGUCAAAGGCCACAUCAUCCGGGCUAUGAAGAAGAACCCCCGUGUCGGCGCCGCUCUUGUCCGGCUCGUAUUCCAUGACUGCUUCGUUAGGGGGUGCGAUGGCUCCGUCCUCCUUGACAAGUCCGCCCAAAACCUUCACCCGGAGAAGGAGGCGCCGGCGAACAUCGGGCUCGCCGCCUUCGACAUCCUUGAGAUGAUCAAGGCCGACAUCGAGAAGAAGUGCCCCGGCGUGGUAUCCUGCUCCGACAUACUUGUCUACGCUGCCCGUGACGCCACCAAAAUCCUCAGCAAGGGCCACAUCAACUACGAUGUCCCCGCCGGCCGUCUCGAUGGCAUGGUCUCCUCGGCCUCUGAGGCCCAAGCGGAGCUCCCGGACUCCACUUUCACCGCCCAGCAGCUUAUCGACAACUUCGCUCGCAAGAACUUCGACGUCGAGGAGCUCGUCAUCCUCUCCGGCGCUCACUCCAUCGGCAUGGCACACUGCUCGUCCUUCAAAGGCCGUCUCACUGCGCCUGCAGACCAGAUCACCCCGGCCUACCGCAACCUGCUCAAUGACAAGUGCGGCCAGAGAAGCAACCCGCUCGUGGUGAACAACGUCCGCGACGAGGACUACAACACCGUCUCCAAGUACAUGCCAGGGUUCAAGAGCCGGGUGCGCAAGAUCAGGGACCUGUUCGACAACUCCUACUACCACAACAACCUCGCUAGGAUCGUCAGCUUCAACUCCGACUGGGUGCUGAUGACGCACAAGGAGGCCCGGGGCCACGUCCAUGAGUACGCUGACAAUGCCACGCUCUGGAACGACGACUUCGGCGAAUCCAUGAUCAAGCUCAGCAAGCUGUCCAUGCCGGCCGGGAGCAAGGGCGGGAUCAGGAAGAAGUGUAGCAUCGUCAGCCACCCCCUGCACUAAAUCGUACAUGAAUUCAUGGAGAUCCAAUGAAGAAUCAUUUGGCGUGUGUGUGUGUGUGACCGGUGGAGUUCAGUAAUCUUGUGGUUUUGUUGUUCAAUCCAUUCUUUUGAUUAACUUUUUUUGUGUUUUCCAGAUCUCUUGAUCUGUUAUAUAUUUCUCAACAUAUCACUACAAUAAAGCCAUGCUAUAUCUUA